AUGGCUCUUAAAACCUUCAAUACUGAUAGAAAACAGAUAAUAAAAGCUGAGCCAUUAACACCUGACUCAUUUCGAGAAUUUGGUGGAGUAAUUAGUGCUGAUUAUCAGAUCAAUGAAUCAAAUGAUAAAUCAAAUGCAAAUUAUGGUACAGCUAUUAAGGUUCAUAAAGUUGCUCCUAUCAUAAACAAUUAUGCUAAUUCAAAAUCUAAACAAAAAGAAACAGCAAAUUGGAAUAUUUUUAGAUGUAAAGCACCUACACAUUUAAUCAAACAUGGAGGAUUAAAUUCUGUUUAUUUAUCAAAAGUAUUGGAGAGACACUUAUAUACGACUCAAACAUUUAUACCAAUGGGUCAAGAUUCCAAAAAAAUAUCGUAUUUGGUUAUAGUGGCGAAAACCGAUGAAUCAACGUCUCAACGUUUACCUACGCCGGAUAAAAUCAAAGCAUUUGUAUGUAAAGGAAAUCAGUCCGUUACCUAUGGUCCUGGUAUUUGGCAUGCACCAAUGGUUGUGAUUGAUGAGACUAUACCGUAUUUGGACUUUGCUGUUAUGAUUCACGAGAAUGGGGUAGCUGAUGAAGAUUGUCAGGAAUGUUAUUUUGAUCCCGGAUUUAAUAUUCAAUAUCAAUUAGACAAUUCAAAAUUAUAA